UCCUUGCUUCCUGAAUGCAGCUCUCCAUCCACGAGACGGAGGACCCCAACGACAACCGGUACCUGCUGGUGAUGAAGGGGGCCCCCGAGCGCAUCCUGGACCGCUGCUCCACCAUCCUGCUCCAAGGCAAAGAGCAGCCCCUGGACGAGGAGCUCAAGGAGGCCUUCCAGAACGCAUACCUUGAACUGGGAGGACUGGGAGAGCGCGUCCUGGGCUUCUGCCACUUCUUCAUGCCGGAGGAGCAGUACCCCAAGGGCUUUGCCUUCGACUGUGACGAUGUCAACUUCUGCACCGACAACCUCUGCUUUGUGGGGCUCAUGUCCAUGAUCGACCCCCCAAGGGCCGCCGUCCCUGACGCCGUGGGGAAGUGCCGCAGCGCCGGCAUCAAGGUGAUCAUGGUGACCGGGGACCACCCCAUCACGGCCAAGGCCAUCGCCAAGGGGGUGGGCAUCAUCUCCGAGGGCAACGAGACCGUGGAGGACAUCGCCGCCCGGCUCAACAUCCCCGUCAGCCAAGUCAACCCCAGGGAUGCCAAGGCCUGUGUGAUCCACGGCACGGACCUAAAGGACAUGACCACUGAACAGAUUGACGAGAUCCUGCACAACCACACCGAGAUCGUCUUCGCCCGCACUUCUCCGCAGCAAAAGCUGAUCAUCGUGGAAGGAUGCCAGAGACAGGGGGCCAUUGUGGCCGUCACUGGGGACGGAGUGAACGACUCUCCCGCCCUGAAGAAGGCGGACAUUGGGGUGGCCAUGGGCAUCGCUGGCUCAGACGUCUCCAAACAGGCGGCGGACAUGAUCCUGCUGGACGACAACUUCGCCUCCAUCGUCACCGGAGUGGAAGAGGGCCGCCUGAUCUUCGACAACCUGAAGAAGUCCAUCGCCUACACCUUGACCAGCAACAUCCCCGAGAUCACCCCCUUCCUGCUCUUCAUCAUGGCCAACAUCCCACUGCCCCUUGGAACCAUCACCAUCCUCUGCAUCGACUUGGGCACCGACAUGGUGCCGGCCAUCUCCUUGGCCUACUUUUAA